AUGCCUCCAAAAAAAGUAGAGGAACCAGAGAAAAAGCCAUUAAUCGGAAGAGUUGGUACCAACUUGAAAGUUGGUAUUGUUGGUGUGCCCAAUGUGGGAAAGUCCACAUUCUUCAAUGUCCUCACCAAAAGUCAAGCAGCAGCUGAGAACUUCCCGUUCUGCACCAUUGAUCCUAAUGAAAGUAGGGUACCAGUGCCAGACGAGCGUUUUGACUACCUCUGUGAGUUCCACAAACCAGUCAGCAAAGUGCCAGCAUUUUUAAACGUGGUGGACAUCGCCGGUCUCGUCCGUGGAGCAGCUGAAGGUCAAGGUCUUGGAAACGCCUUCCUAUCACACAUUAAAGCCUGUGAUGCCAUCUUCAAUCUAUGCCGUGCCUUCGACGAUGAGGACGUUAUCCACGUGGACGGUGAAGUAAAUCCAGUUAGAGAUUUGGAAACUAUUGGAGAGGAACUUCGGUUGAAGGAUGAAGAGCAACUGAUGCAGAACUUUGAGAAACUUGAUAGAGUCGUCAAUCGAGGCGGGGAUAAGAAACUGAAACCUGAAUAUGACGCGCUGACAAGAAUCAAAGCUAUACUAGUUGAUGAAAAGAAACACAUUCGUUUCGGAGACUGGAGUGCCGCUGAUAUAGAAGUACUCAACAAAUACCUCUUCCUGACAUCGAAGCCCGCUCUCUACCUCGUCAAUUUGUCAGAGAAAGAUUACAUCCGAAAGAAGAACAAAUGGUUGCCCAAAUUAAAAGAAUGGAUCGACAAAAAUGACCCUGGUGCGCCGCUUAUACCCUUCUCCGGUACAUUGGAGAUGAAACUGCUCGAAAUGGAGCCAGCAGAGCGACAAGCUUUCUUGAAAGAAAACAACCUUACAAGUGCAUUGGACAAGAUCAUCGUUCAAGGUUACAAAGCGCUGCAGUUGGAAUACUUCUUCACUGCUGGACCUGAUGAAGUUAAAGCUUGGACUAUCCAGAAAGGCACGAAAGCUCCGCAAGCAGCCGGUAGGAUUCACACAGACUUCGAAAAAGGUUUCAUUAUGGCUGAGGUGAUGCAUUACAAAGACUUCAAGGAGGAGGGCACUGAGGCUGCUUGUAAAGCGGCCGGCAAGUACAGGCAACAAGGUCGAAACUACGUAGUUGAAGACGGAGACAUAAUCUUCUUUAAGUUCAACGCUGGCGCUGGGCUAAAGGAUGCGAAGAAGAAAUGA